AUUUUAGAUGAGCUUUUAAGUAGUUACUGCAUAUUAUUUAAUAGACAACUGAUUCCAAGAAGGAAGAAUUUAGAAAAUAUUUAGAAAAGGCUGGCGUUAUUGAUCAAUUAACAAGGGUUCUAGUAGGAUUGUAUGAAGAACCAGAAAAACCUAACAAUGCUAUUGAGUAAUUUUUACAUUGAUUGUAGCUAUGUGAAAAAGUACUUGGGAUCGCCUGUUGAUAUUGAUGUUGACAAACUCAAAUUGGAAUAUGAGAAACUUAAGGAUGAGAACAUUAGAUUGAAGAGGGAAGUUGCUGAUUUAAAAAAAGAAGUAAUGUAUCUUCCUUAUAGAAGCUAUAAGCAGCCCAAUAGGAGUAGAAUUGA